GCGUUCUCUCGCAAAUGUUUUGCAUCAGGAUGGGAAGGUUUGCAAUCGCUUGCAAAGGUUUGCUUUGCUUAAGUUCAGACAUGAAACAGCUCUUUGAAUUCGCGAGGGAACGCAUUUUUUUGCGGUGGCGCUGUGUACCCGUAGUUUGCCAGCCGCCAUAAUCCAAGGAAGAGGAAGAACAACAAUCCCUUUUGCAGCGGGAUGUUUGGCCAUGGCGUCCUGUACUAACAUCGGGAAAUUUGAAUCUUUAAACUCCUUUAUCCACGAACGACUGACGACGACUGCAGGAGAGAUAUUUCAGGUAGUUAAAGACACCCUCGCUGAGUUUCAGGAGGAAAUAUAUCGCUCCAAACAGGAGAAUAUUUACCUGAAAAGAAGACUAGCCGAAGUCAGCCGCGGUGAAUCAGAUGCUCAGACUAAGCAAGAACCGUUUCCUUUAGAGAAGCAGAACUCCAACCCAGACCCACUGGAAUUUGAGAAGCCAGUAAUACAAGUGAAGCUGGAGCUUAGUACCGUGCACCAGGAUCCUGAGACACAGCAGCAGUUAUGUGCUCUGCCUGCAAGCAGCUUUGAACAUGCAGGCACAACUCACAGUUCACCCCACAGUGUCUCAAAUAAAGUAGGAGGAGACAAAGAUGUUGAUGUGUGUAUGGACUCAUAUGUGACGGUCAAAGUAGAGCAGAGUGACUCACAAGUGACUUGCUCUGACAACGCAAGUGCAGUCCACAAUGGAAGCAGUGGUACUCUUGUGGGAGUUCACAAAGAUGAACCUGGUCAGCGUCCCUCUUCUCAGUGUGUCCAGUCAUCUGGUGACUGUUGUCACCCACCAUCUCGUGUGGAAAACAGCCUGGCAGGAGUGCUGUUUCCUUGUGAGGUUUGCAGCAAGUCCUUCAAAAACAAUGUGCUAUUGAAGAAACACAUGCUGACGCAUCAGAAAGAGAGAGCACACCGCUGUGAAUUUUGUGGGAAGUGUUAUAGUCACAGUCAUGCACUGCAAAACCACAUCAGAACUCAUGCAGGAGAGAAACCAUAUCACUGCAAAUUCUGUAAUAAGACUUUUGAUCGUAAGGGCCACGUGCAGGACCAUGAAAAGAUUCACACUGGUGAAAAACCUUAUAGCUGUGCGAAAUGUGGAAAGCGUUUCAUUUGGCUGAAUCAGGUCAAGCUCCACAUUCAGAAUUAUCACCCGGAGGAAACUGGUAUAAUUAUCAAAAAAUCAACAAAACAGGGCAUCUUGAAGAUAGCUCACCAGAGCGAAAAUAAAUAUCCUUGUGAAGUGUGUGGAAAGAAUUACAGCAGCCAGCAUGUAUUGAGAAACCACCUUCGAGUCCAUACUGGCGAGAGGCCGUUUAAGUGCAAAUUCUGUGCUAAGACUUUCACACAGAAAAGCCAUAUGCUGGAACACGAGAGGAUCCACACUGGAGAACAGAAAUAUAGCUGCUCAGAAUGUGGCUUGAGUUUCAUUUGGUUGCGUCAAGCCAAGGCUCAUGUUCAGAAUCACCAUGACCAGUGUGCAAAGAUUGUCAGAAAAUAAGGAUUUUUUUAGAGUUGAACUUUGAUAAUAUUUGACAAGUAGUGGAGAGCGGGGCACAAACAGACAUGGGGUUAAAUAUAGCAUGUUAUUUUAUAAAGUUAACACAUUCAAGUAAAAUGCAAUUUUAGUCAUGUUCUUGUAUCCCAAAUAGCAAAGUCAUCUGUGAAUUUUGAGUUUAUUUUUCAAGAUUCACCCUAAAGGCCAUAAAAGUACUAGAAAAGUAACUUGUAUAUAUUUAUCAGUUACAAUAUAACACCUGUAUUUUUUGGAAUCCCCUUCUUGGUGGCUUCAGUAUAGCACCAUUUUGAAGCACGUCAACAACUCCUAGUGAGAGCAAGCCAGACUGAAGUAUAGCCUCCACAUGGCAGGGUUAGUUUUAACACAGUGGUACAAAUAAACCUCACAAGAAAAACAAUAGAAUUAGUACUUUUUUGACAUUGAAUGCAAAGAUUUAACAAAAAAAGUACUGCAGAUGUCAGUAGAUAUUUUAUCACUUUGAUAUAUGCUGUUCUACUUUGUGGGCAAAAAUUAAUGUCAUCAAUGACACUGCCUCUUUACUGUAAUCAUAUAUAUGGCUUUUUGACUGAAUUGUUCAGAAAUGGUAGGUGAUGGAAACAGAAAGAUUAUGAUUUCAUUUGUAGCAGAGAUGUGUAACUUGAUUGUGUAUAAAAAAAAAUAUUAACCAUAAACCAAAAUAUUAGGUUGUGCCCUGCUCACCUCUUUUACCUUCUGAAAAAUUAAAGUGCCAAAAGGGGCUUUUUAGUUCAAAGCCAAUGGGGGGGAAAAACUUCCACUGAGUGGUUCUUUAAAGACAAUCGUGAACCUUUCAAAGGUUUCAGGAACUGCCACUUAAUGUAAAGGUUUUGGGAAGAAUCAUUAAAUGCCUUGUCCAAACAUACUUGGUUCUUUAGUGAAACAAAAGUGGAACUUCUGUGGCAUGGCUGUAAGAAUCCUUUAUGGCACCUUUUUGGUCAGUCGCAUAGAGUUCACUUGCUGAAUGUGUGCCUUGUUUUUGAACCAUCAUGUGUUCAGAAACUAAACUUUAACAAACAAUAUUUUUUUGUCCUCUACCUCUUUUGCCUCAUAUGAUUGUUUUGAUUAAUAAAAACUAGUUUUUUUGCGCUGCUA